CUAAAUUUAUUACGAAAAAGACAUGAAAUUAAAGUGUGCAAUGACGAGAAUCUGCCUGCAAUAAAGAGAAACCUAUCCCUCUAUAAAAUUUUUGUCAGCCACUCAUUACAAACAUUCCCAUUAUCUUCAACUUCCCUUCGAUAAAAUUUCUUAACCCACAAAAGAUCAGACAAUAUCACCGGCUUGAAGAUGAGAUCAAUGAGAAACAAAACCCUAAGCUUGCUAAUUCUACUUCUUCUUCAACCCAUUGACACAACCAGUAGCCCGACUCCGCGGCCAUGGCCGGACCAAUUCCAUGCACUUCUCUACAUGAACUUGAGCAAAGGCCUUCUGCAAAUAAGCGAUCUCUGGUACGACUGGCCGCGGGGGACGAAUGUGAACAUAUUUCAGAAGCAACUGGGGGUGCUUCUGUAUGAUGUAGAGUGGGACAAUGGCACAACUUUUUACUUCACUUUAGGCGAGCCGGCGACGUGUGAAGUCAUGCAGUUUGAAGUAGGGAUUCCCCGGAGAAAUUUUCUCGAUGGAGCCAAGUAUUUAGGGACUCAAACCACUGAUGGAUUCUUGUGUAAUGUUUGGGAGAAAGUUGACUUCAUUUGGUACUUCGAAGAUGUUGUUUCCAGGAGGCCUGUUCGUUGGGAUUUCUACGACGGUAUAUCUACACAUGUUAUUACAUUUGAGGUUGGCGCAGUUUUAAAUGAGUCAUUCAUUCAAGCACCUUCAUAUUGUUUCAGCGAGGCGACAGAGAAGAGAGUGUUUGAUAGUUGAAACUUAAGCGACUAUGAUAAGAAAAUUUAUCAAGGAAUUCUGGAUUUGUGGUAGCUAAUUACAGUGUAAAUUUUUCUCUCUUUUUAAUAAGAUUAAAAAGUUCUAUAAAUUAAUGUCCUACAUUCAUAAUAGCAAGAAGAUUGUGUUAAUAUUUAUUUGUUAGUUGAAGGAAUUCAA